GGGGAGCUGAGCGCUUGGUGCUUCCGGUGCUGCCGCGUGGGGCUCUUUGGCCUGGAAGCCAUCGCCAUGGCGGUCUUUGCUGGCCCAGCCAAGCCGUUCCUGUCGCUAAACCCGCAAGAAGAGGCCAAGUUUCAGAAGGAGGUGGCGCAGGCUCGUCGGCGCGCAACCCAGCGUCAGGAGAAAGAAAAACUGACUCCUGGAGUAAUCUACGUGGGCCACUUACCUCCAGCACUUUACGAAACCCAGAUCCGGGCAUAUUUCUCCCAGUUUGGCACUGUUACAAAAUUCAGACUGUCCAGAAGUAAACGGACUGGAAAUAGUAAAGGCUAUGCCUUUGUGGAGUUUGCAUCUGAAGAUGUUGCCAAGAUAGUUGCCGACACGAUGAACAACUACCUUUUUGGUGAAAGACUCUUAAAGUGUCAUUUUAUACCACCCGAAAAAGUACACGAAGAACUUUUUAGAGAGUGGCAUGUUCCAUUUAAAAAGCCAUCAUAUCCAGCAGUGAAACGGUAUAAUCAGAAUCGGACCCUUCUUCAAAAGCUACAGAUGGAGGAGCGAUUUAAAAAGAAGGAAAAAUUACUCAGGAAGAAAUUAGCUAAAAAAGGAAUUGAUUAUGAUUUUCCUUCACUGAUUUUACGUAAAAAGGAGAAAAGAAAUGCUUCAAACACUGGUCUUCAGAAAUCUACAAAUAGCCAGGUCUUAUCAAAGAAGAAGAAGAAAAAGGGUUCAAAGGUUUCACAUACUCCUACUACUCCUGAGAAGACUGUGGAUAGCCAGGGCCCCACGCCAGUUUGUACGCCAACAUUUUUGGAGAAACGAAAAUCUGAAGUGGCUAAGAUGAACGUUGAUGAUAAAGAUAAUGAAAUAGUUUUCAAACAGCCCAUACCCAGUGUAAAAGAAGAAACACAAGAGACUCGGACACCUACCCGUUCAAGAAAAAAAAGACGAAGGAAAAGCAAUCAGUGAUUCUGAAUGUAUUCUAUUUCUUCUGAAAAAUGUGGUUUUAGUGUGAGGGCUAAUUCUUUGUAUUUAACUAGCUGCAGUGGAGUGCAACCAUUGACAAGAUUCUUAGAGGAAAAACUGUCAGUUCAAGGCCCUACGGAAAGCAGUCAGUAGCUGGUUUACCUGCCCUUGCUGAGAUGCGCGGGUGCCUAGUUUGCCGGAGCCAGGCUCACACUGCCUCUUUGUCCUGGUCCCUAGUUUUCUUUGCAGAUUUCAUAGCUGUCUUUAGUUACUCUGCCUGGAUAGAAAAGUCACCAUUUACUGCAGCUUUCCUUGUUACCAUCAAAUAAAAAAAAUAAAAUCUUGACCAUCUACAUGGUUCUCUGUUGGGCGUGCACCUUUAACCCGUAAGGGCACUUAAACAUUGUGUGCUUCAAACUGGAAGUUACAUUACAUGGAGAGAGAAGUAUAAGUGUGUGAUUACUUUUACCAUGUUUAGUUUUUGAUGGGUUAGCAAGAUUUAAUAACCCAUCAUUUUGUGUGUAUCAUGGAUGUGGGAGUGUAUUUCAAGAAUCAGUGAUCAGCAAAUAAACUUUCUACAAUUCAUUUGUAUGCA